AUGCGCGCAAAGUUGCAAAAUGAUCCAUCAGCAAAAAUAUUUUCCGAACAAUUACUAGAUAUUAGGAAUAGUAGAAUAGAACUGCAACCAAAUACGCAAUGCAUUAAAUUGCCAGACAAUUUCUGCACUGUUGUUCACGGAAAAAAUGAAUUGAUUCAGAGCGAUCUGAUGUCUUUUAAAUCAAUCGAUACUGUUGUUGAUGAAAAUGAAAGUGUAAGUUUUUCAGUUAAAUUUUUAAAUUCACUAGAUAUACCCGGAAUGCUACCAUAUAAUCUUCGAUUGAAGAAUGAUACACCUAUUAUUCUACUGCGUAAUUUGAAUCCAUCUCGAUUAUACAACGGUACACGUUUGGUCAUCAACAAGAUCAUCGGAAAUAUUCUUGAAGCAACCAUUUUAACUGGAAAGAUUAAAGGAGAAGUGGUCCUGUUGCCACGUAUUUCAAAAUCGUCAGAACUUACGAUACCCUUCAGAAGGCUACAGUUUCCCAUUCGUUUAGCUUUUGCAAUGUCUAUAAAUAAGUCUUAA